AUGGCAACUCUGCCGUCAUGGAAGUUUGGCAAGCAGAUCCAGAAGCGUCAGCUUGAGGUGCCUGAAUAUGCUGCCAGCUUUGUCAACUAUAAGGCCCUGAAAAAGCUCAUCAAGAAGCUGUCUGCGACCCCUACCCUAACCUCACAGAACGAUGUUCUCCGCUCGGCCACCCCUGUGGAUUCCCAGGCCGCUCUCCAGGCCAAUAAAGCAACCUUCUUCUUCCAACUGGUAAGUUCACUCAGGUGUUACGUCUUCGUCAUGAACAUCCCGACAUGGUUGCUAAAUGAGGAACAGGAACGGGAACUCGACAAGGUCAACGCCUUCUACCUGCAGAAGGAAGCUGAGCUGAAAAUUCGCCUCAAGACGCUCCUUGAUAAGAAGAAGGUGAUACAGUCUCGUCAUGGCAUCUCUCGGCGCUCAGCCAAGUUCACUACCCUCGAGGAAGGCUUCCAACAGUUUGCUACCGACCUCAACAAACUUCAACAGUUUGUCGAGAUCAACGGUACUGCUUUCUCAAAGAUUCUCAAAAAGUGGGACAAGACAUCAAAGUCCAAGACAAAGGAGCUUUACCUCUCGAGAGCCGUCGAAGUCCAGCCAUUCUUCAAUGCUACGGUAAUAAGCGAGCUUUCUGAUCAGGCCACCACAAGUCUACAAGAGCUCGGUGCUUGGUCGGAUGGAAUCCAAGUGAACUUUCAGUCGGGGCACGUGGUGACCUCGCAGCAUUUCGUCGGCACUGAUGAAGGGGACGCAGACACACUGCUACUUGAUACUGUUAUCACAGGAAACCUCGAGUCCUUAAAGGAUCUUCUUCAACGGAUGCGCUCCGCCAACGACACUGGAGAUGGAGAUAGCUCGUUGAUGGAAAGGCUCACGCGGACCUUCUUAGCAGCCAUCUCAGAAGCUCCACAAGAGUCCCUACGAGUUCUACUCGACACAGGUCUCGUUGAUCUCCACUCUUAUGAUGAUAUCAAUGAGAGAAAUUGCCUGCACCAAGCUGCCAUCUAUGGUAAGCAGUACGUCCUGGAGUGGGGCUUGUCAGUCAAUGUCGUUGUGGAUAGAACAGAUGUCUAUGGCCGGGUUCCUCUGCAUUAUGCCAGCCUUCACGGAAGAUUGGAAAUGCUCAAGGUCCUCUUGGACGCAAAUCAAAAAACCAUCGACCUCAUCGACCACGACAACUUCACCCCCUUGAUUCAUGCUAUUAUCCACGGACAUCUCGACUGCAUCGAACUUCUCCUUGCCAGAUCUGCACGUAUCGAUCCGUUUUCUGAUUCGGAUCAUGUGCCCUUGAACCUCGCUUGCGAACAUGGCUCGGUGGCCGUGGUUGAGAUGCUGUUGAAGCAUGGGGCCAAGAUCUUGCCUGAUGCUGAAGGCCUUUACCCUCAGCAUCUCGUAGCGAGGGCUGGCCAAACCUCAGAACUGCUCCUACUCCUCAAGCAAUAUGGCGCUGAUCUCGACCAAAUUGAUAAACUUUAUGGAUGGACACCACUAGUACAUUCUGCAAGCGAAGGCAAUGUCGACUGUCUUCAAGCACUACUCAAGGUCGGGGUCGAUGCAAGCAUCGUGGAUGAGAAGGACCUUCCAGCCAUGUACUAUGCUGCUUGGGAGGGACACCUUGCGUGUAUGAAAUUGCUAACUCCAUUCAACACACGACCACGAGCCAGUCCCUUCAUGGUGCAGCCUGCCUUGGGUCCUAUGGACUCAAGUACAGCGCCUCUGCCCAUGUCUCUUGAUCCCGAUGCGAUCCCCGAACUCGAACUUCCUCCUCCAAUCAUUCCUCUGCGCCGAUACGGACACAACUUCCUUGACACAAAGACAGUUGUUCAGAUCUCUUUCGGAGAUUUCGAGGAACAGCCCCUUGUCUUCUUCCAGGAUGGAAAAUACCCUGCCGCUCGCCUCACGAUUUCUUCAAAGGUUUCGGAUCUUAUACCGAAGAAUAUCAUUCUGCCUUUCCAAGAAGACACUCGUAUGGUAUCCUUCCAGGUUGACAACUUGGACACUUUCAGUCUUGAUAUCGACGUGUUCCCCACAUAUGGCGCAAAGGUUAUUGCCAAGACGGUCGCCCUAUCAAGCAUCUUCAAGGGACUACAAGGCUCUUCGGCAUGUUGUUUGCCAUUGUUUGAUCCCCGCCUUCGCGCCAUUGGACAGAUCAGCUUCACUGUGCAGGUCAUCAAGCCAUUCCAAGGGCAGCCUCUGGAGAUUACCGACUUUGAAACCUACUGGAAAGCAACAAGCCAAUUCAACCAACCAACUAGCGCUAUUGUCACUGGAUCGAGCCUCUCGGGCGAUUAUGUAAGGCUAUUUGUCCAAUAUACCAGUGACGGUGUCCCUGUGCUCUGGCCUAGAUGGACAAUAGCCUGCGGUGGCCUUGAUAUUCCUGUCUGCAGAUUGACUCUGGAACAAUUCACUUCCAUGACUAUCAGGAGCAACAGCCGUGCAGAACUCCCCAACUUGAAAACCAAGUCAGCUGAAAGCAUGGCUGAGGUCUAUCACAUCCUUGCGACGGCCGGUGUGACACUUCAGGAAGCACUUUCUUUACUCAACCCUGGAAUGCAUGUCAAUCUACAAGUAUUGUACCCAACUCCCGAGGAAGAAAAGGCCUUCUCGCUUGGGCCUGCUUUGGAUGUCAACGUGUUUGUCGAUUCAAUCCUCAACAUUGUGUUCGAGCAUGCGCGAACACAACGUGCACAGGCUCCUGAUGUGGUCCGAUCGAUUGUAUUCAGCAGCUUCAGCCCUCGACUAUGUACGGCCUUGAAUUGGAAGCAGCCCAAUUUCCCUGUUUUCUUGUGUAACGACCUCGGACGAGAGGAGACCUCGGGACCCAGUGGAAGGCGCAGUACCUCCAUUAAGGAGGUCGUGAGAAUUGCCCAAAGCAAUAACUUCAUGGGAUUAAUAUGUUAUUCUCGACUACUGGACAUGGUACCUGCACUGGUAGAUGCUGUCAAGUCUCAUGGGCUGGCUUUGGUGACAGACAAGUCAUCGGACUCACCGGAUGCGAGCCCAAUGACUGAUCCUUUCCCUCGACCACCCAAGGGCGUCGAUGGAGUUCUGAAAAGCCAUGGUAUUUUGCGUUUCAAUGAUUCAAUAGACAUGUAG